CCGUCUAUAAUAAAACACCGUAGUUCAUAGCGUUCAGUUGAUCAGAAAAGUCCCAUCUGCAUACAGGACUUGAAGGGUCCUCCUUAGUGAAGAUCAUCUAAACACCGUAGAUUGUAACGACGUCCACAGCAAAAGAAAAAGCACUUCCUCAUCCGAAAUAGAGGAAAGAAACAUCGUCAUGCAACUCCUGGCGAUAAUGCUGUUGGUCAUCUGCGGAUGUUCAUCAUUUCCAGCCAAUGAUGAGCAGAAGCUCGAGACCGACAUCCGCAGCCUUCUGGACCUCUACCUCAACGAUGAGGUUGCCAACGACAUAUCAUCUUCCAUGGAAGGUAUGCAGUCAGAUCAACCGACUGCACCGUCGUUACCCACGGAGAACAUCUUAGCCGAUGAUCCCAUAACCGAGGAACCAGAGUAUCUUCAAAAAAGACACAGGGAAAACACUGAUGACGAAAGAGCCCGAGAUCAAUGGAGAGAUCAUCUGAUGUUCAGCAUCUUGAAAGGAUUGGGACGCAUCAAUUCCACAGUUCCGGAGAACGUCAAUCUUGAGAAGAUCAAUAUAAAGAAGAUGAUCCACAACUUCGAGAACAAUACCGUCAGACAGACGGACGAUAGUUCCGUCACGGAGAAGAUCAGAAGUUUCUAUCCAUCAUGUAAUGUACCGAAUAAUACUGAUGCGGAUAUGUGGAAGAAAAACAACGAGAUGAAUCUGUUCUUCGAUUUGAACAAUUUGGAAGGAAGCAUUGCCUCACUGUCGAUCAGAUUGUACAGGGCUACACCUCACAACGGUACUGGUCCAGUAGAGAAAAACUGCGAGAAUCGCACUGGUGAGGAAGAAAAGCUGUUCAGGGUCUCCGUUUUCUACUACACCAAGACUCUCCGUAAAACUAGAGUUAAGCGUCGUCUUUGCGACAGCGUGGUGAUCAGCGAGCAAUUCAAUUGGGUCGAGUUGAACUUACAAUCGGCGAUUAAAGCGUGGAGCAAGGGAAAGAACGCAGGACUUGCUGUCGUAGUCGACGAUCAGGAAGGAGGACUCUUGUGUCCCGAGAAGAUCUUCAAGGGACCAGCAUGCACGGUUGGAUCGUCGACGCCGAAACCUAUACCAACAGUACUCCUCGACCCUACAAGAGCGCUCGAACAAUUCGGACUUAAUAGGGUUGAUGGAGGAGAUGCAACGCCGUCCUCUGCUCUCAGUUCGCCUCUGCUCCCAACCUUAGAUGUCUGCACGCUCGAUUCGCCCGACAUCGACAAGGAGAAGCUCGGUCAGAGGGGUUGCAGCCUGAAGCGCCUGCACGGUGAUCCGCAGAAGAGGGUGGGAAGGAUGGCCCAUGAAUCCUUGACCAUGCCAUCCGAAAGACACAUCCGCCAUCAGAAGCAGCAUCUCACCGACAGGAGGCGUCCAGUCGAGAUCCUGAACGACCCGCGUUCUCACAUCAUCAAGCAUCAGGUCGUGCUAACCAGCGAUCAGCUGCAGAACUUCAAUCAGGACAAUUUCAAUUUAACUAAAAUCAAUAGAUAAAUAUAUCAUUUAGCCCCUAAC